CUAACUCCGACGUGCGCAGCCUGCUUCUGGGAGUGGCUGCACGGACCCUCAGUGGUCACCAGGAAAUCCCAGCACUGGACACCCGACAGCCUUUGGGCACCCGCGAUCCAAGAACCCUUCUCGUGGAAAUUCGCGCGCAGUAUUGAUUUCUCAGAGCAGUCUACCGACACACCGAGGUGGGGCAUGCCGAUCGGUGACAGCGAGGCGGGCGACACCUCGGUGAGCAGACGACGGAGAAGCGGGCCUCUCUCCAUUGGCUGAUCGGUGCCGUGACGUCAUCCUGAAGCUUGGAGCGCCCUCCCGCCCAGAGAGGGGGGGCUCCAUUUGGGCUACGAGCCGGUGAAAAGUUGACAGUGCCAUGUAGCGAGCUCCUCGUGGAAGCACGUGAGCCGGUUCGCGGACAUCAUGCGACUUGUAUUCGUAGGGGCCCUGGUGCUUUCCCUUUCAAGCGGGAUGGCACUGGGCCGCGAGCGCUGCGAGGACAUCACCAUUCCAAUGUGCAAGGGCAUCGGCUACAACCAGACUUACAUGCCGAAUCAAUUCAAUCAGGAGACACAAGAUGAAGCCGGGAUGGAAGUGCAUCAGUUCUGGCCACUAGUUGAGAUCCAGUGCUCGGACGACCUCAAGUUCUUUUUGUGUUCGCUCUACACUCCAAUAUGUAUGGAAGAGUACCCUAGCAGCGUGCCAGCAUGCCGUUCCGUGUGCGAGCGGGCGCGUGCGGGUUGCGCACCAAUCAUGCGGCAGUACGGCUUCGCGUGGCCAGAACGUAUGAACUGUGAAGCCCUUCCUGAGUACGGUGACCAAGAACACUUGUGCAUGGACUCCAAAGAAGGUGCUCGCCCAGAAGGAAUGCACAAUAACUACGUUGUGGUAGGGUCACCUGCAAAGGGAACACCUGCCAAGGAACGUGGCCGAAAUGGUGGCAGUCCAAUGCGGACACGAACUUUCACAGCGUCGGGCCGCGAAAGAACGCGUGAUCAACCAUCUAGUGAAUGUAGUUGCCACUGCAAUUCGCCACUCGUCAAUACAACGGACCCUCAUUUCUAUACCCGAGAUGCCUCGUCUGUGGUACCCGAGUGCGCCCUGCCCUGCAGAAUGUUUUACUUUACCGGCUCCGACGAACGUUUUGCAACCUACUGGAUUGGAGUCUGGGCUGUGUUGUGUUGCGUAUCAACGAGCCUCACUGUACUGACAUUCCUGAUUGACACAACGAGGUUUCGUUACCCCGAGCGGCCAAUAAUAUUUCUAUCGUUCUGUUAUCUUAUGGUGUCCGUCGGUUACCUGGUCCGUCUUGUACUGAACCAUGAACCCAUCGCCUGUGACGGCAACAUCGUGCGGUACAACGUUUCCAGCCGGCCGGCAGCUUGCACCGUGGUCUUCAUCUUGCUCUAUUUCUUCGGCAUGGCAAGCUCAAUGUGGUGGGUCAUCUUGACACUCACAUGGUUACUCGCGGCGGGACUCAAGUGGGGAAACGAAGCCAUCGCCAGCUACUCGCAGUAUUUCCACAUCGUUGCCUGGAUGGUGCCCACCAUAAAAACUAUCGUCGCCAUUCUCCUAAGCGCCGUGGACGGCGAUUCCGUGGCAGGCGUCUGCUACGUGGGCAACCAGAAUAUAGCAAACCUGCAGGGGUUCGUUUUGGGCCCAUUAGUCGUGUACUUAUUUCUCGGCACGUCUUUCCUGCUGGCAGGUUUUGUCUCCCUGUUCCGUAUUCGCUCCGUCAUACGUGCGCAGGCCCGAGUCAAGGCCGACAAGCUAGAGAAACUAAUGAUCCGCAUUGGAAUCUUCUCUGUACUGUACACAGUCCCGGCCACCGUCGUCAUCGCCUGUUAUUUUUAUGAGAAUUAUUACAGAGAAGCGUGGGUACGUCGACUUCAAUGCCCAUGUACCAAGAACAACGAAACGCCAAAGCCACAUUUCUUCAUGUUCAUGGUGAAGUAUUUCAUGUGUCUAGUCGUCGGCAUCACCUCUGGUUUCUGGAUCUGGUCGGGAAAGACCCUCGAAUCGUGGUGGAACUUUUAUGCCCGUCUGUGUUUGGGACGCCGACGAGGUCGAGAUGUCGUCGGCGAAUUUCCGGACCCGCACGUCCGCACAUUCAAGCAGUCCAUAAGCCCUGUCAGCCACAUCGGUCAGCUGUCUAGUCAUGGUGGCAAGCAGCUUCCCCUUUCCCAUGUAUGAUGCUCCGACUCAACCAACAUGACAUAAUGUCACCGUCUGGCGUCCCGUACCCAUACGUGGCUCUUCGUCGGUCUCUCUAGUCCCGGCAGCUAACCCUACCGAACGUGACCGAAGAGCGCCUCUGUCAGCAGCUACGCUAACAGACCGCUUCACAACCAAGACGUGCCAAAGCUGCAAGAAGGAAUCAUCGGCGAGGCUGCACGCUCUAUGUCGCCAUUGAACCAGGUACAAUAUAUCAGUUCCACCAUGUGGUCAAAGUUUGUAUAGAAUUCACAAUUCUGCUCAAAUGUCCGAUGAGUAAUUGAACGUGGCGGCACGACACCCCCGUUCAAUAGGCUCACCCACAAAAUGAAUUCAUUCUGGUAAUAUGGUGUCUAGUAACACAGUUUGUGAGCCAGUAAUAUGUUACAAUCAGCAAUGCAAUAUACGGUUCUUAUGUGUGUUAGAAGUGUCAAGUUAUUGUCCCUGGGUUGCCGGUUGUGCAGGUCAUAUCCCGCGUGGGGUGUCUCCCGAUUCAAUAUAUACAUUUACAUCACUUCAUUCACCAGAGAGAAGGAAAACCAUGUACUGAGUCAUUGUACGUGUGUGACAGCCACCGGAGUGAGGAGUUUUUUGAAUGAACUGUUUUUGUGUGUAUUUCGUAACCAAUAGCAGUGUUUCUUUUUUUUUUCUUCAAAAGCACCACUUUAAAAGUGUAACAUUCUUCGCGGGUAAUGUGCAGUUGUUUUGCCACUCGACGGUUCUUCUACGACGAUCAUGGCUAUUGCGUAUUAUGCGCCAAAACAUAGCCAUGCGCACUGCUACGUUCUUCCACAUGACACCGCCCUGGUCGGCUACAGCACCGUACUACAUUUGUGACUUACAAGGAGCUCGAAGCAUACACCUUUGUUGUAGUGUGUUGUGUCGGGCAGAAGCAUUCAAAACUGCGCGCACCUCUUUCUCGACAACUUUCAACUCAUAACAUUGUCCUUGGGUGUUAUACUUGGACAUGAGCUUGUCACCCGAAGGAGUUCUAUUAUGAGAAGGAAGUAAUGAGAUCGUCGUAUUUGAGAGAACGCAACAAGUCAUAAAAAAAAAAGAAGUAGUAAAUGCACGUUGGGACCUUGCAAUGACAUGACUAUUUGCACAACUACAGACUUGCCGUUCGUCCUACCGCCCAGAACUAUCUACACACCAUUACGCUGUGUGCUUGGGGCGCUCCACAAAAGAUAUAUGCUUUCCACAAAAUUGUCACAAGGACACCUAGACUUACAAAUUCCUUUGUUGUCUCGUUCCAACGCCUGAGAUAUAUGUCAUACUUCCAUUUUCGCGUGACGUUGAACUAUGCCAAUAUUAAGCGCUUUUACAUCUUGGGUUCAUGCGAGGCAAGCCAGCUUGCGCAUCGCUCAUGCAGAAUUUAACGGUUACACUUCAUAAUGGUAGGUUCUCAACACGGGCAUUCCGUGGCGUUACGUGCCCGAGUGAGAAAAUUAAUCGGAUUUACUCCGGCGCCCUCCCAUGGCGUUAUGCCCUUGCAUUCUUGCGGAAAUCCCUAUGCACUGUGUUACAAUGAUCACCUCUUCUCGUUUGUAGCGAAAGUGUGUAACGCGGUCGAUGUUUCAGAAUGGUGGCUAUAAGCAGUGCACAGCUGUAUAUUGAAAACUGAACUGUGAGAAGAAAAAAAGUUGGUGUCGCCUCGCGGCGUUUCUUUUUCGUUGUAGAAUCGCAAACUCUUGCACUGCCUGUAUACCAGGCACAACGAGUAGCGCACGCGGUUAAAUGUCACGUGACAGGUGCUGUGAUGAAGCAGACGUGUAGCGCUGCCAUGGUUUGUUGGUUUGUGUGGGCUGGGCUGGUUCUUAUUUGUUUCGAAGUGUUGCGGUGUGCUCAAUAAGAAAGCUCACUUGUUUGUAGCUGUGGUCGUCCCUCUUGACGGGUCAGUUGAUAUACGUAUGCCCGCAAGUAACGCCGGCAACUCUUCUCCCACAUAAGAAGGAACAUAUCAACAGCGGCCAAUGUUUUCGACACUUUUACUACAGACAAAAAUCUCUCUUCGUGAAGGAAAAAGCGAAGUUCCACAGGGUCCCCAGAGUAAAAUCUCAUUAUUGCAUAUACGUAUUCACCCUUUUCUGUAUAGUUGAUGUGUACAUUUUGUUCAUAAGAGGAUCACUAUCGCUAUUAUAUUAUUGUGCCCAUUGAGUAUCGUGCGCUGAACAUCUGUUAAGUGUGUAUUAUUUAAAUGUCUAUUACCAUUAAACACAUUGUUGAUAUCAAUCCUGA